AGACCUUUCUCCCCGCAGCAAGAUUUCUAUUUCUCUUCUCUGAGGCUUUUAUUCAAGGUCUGAAACCUUUUUAUUUGCCCCAUAGGUUUCUGCUUUUAAUAUGUCGCUUUAAAAAAAGACUUUUUGCUUGUACACAGAUAUGCAGGAACAUCCUUGUGCGUCGUCUUUGGUGCAUUAGCAAGAAUUUCUAAAGGGCACGUACCUUCAAUUUGGUUUCCAGUCCCAGGGCUUCGAAGAGUUUCACCUCUGCCAGGUUAUAUAGGUGCACUUUGUGUAUCUACUUGGGGAGUUUUUUGCAUCCAGUAGGUGAGUUUAGUCCUUUUGCUUCAGUUACCCAUCCAUUGGACUUACUUCUGCUCAUUUUGUAUCUUUUGGCUCCUAAUCUUUGUCUUUGCUUUUCACCUUCUGUUGAAUUUUUUAAACUUCCCUUUCCUUCUCAGCCCUUAAUUUGUUAUCUUUAUUCUUUCAUAUAAAGUGAAUGAGUCUCCAUUCUCCACCUGAAUAAGACAACUCUGUGCCUGGGAGGAGGUAGGGGCAGAUGAUCUGAAAUGUUGCCCAUGUCUGUAGGGAGCAGAGUCUGCCUGGGAGGCCGAGUGCUGAGGCCAACUGCGGGAGGGGCCAGGCAGUGACUGGCUCCUGCAUCCAUCCCAGGAAGCCCAGGGUACCAGGGGAUGGCAGCUUUGCAUCUGUGUGCCCUGCCUCAGGCUGAAGUGACCUUCGAGGACGUGGCCGUGCUUCUUUCGCAGGAGGAGUGGGGCCUUCUGGGUCCGUCUCAGAAGGGCCUCUACAGGGAAGUGAUGCUGGAGACUUACAGGAACCUGCUAUCGCUAGGCCCCGUCUCCUUCCCAGGAGCUGGACUUGCAGAUCCCAAGCCGGAGGUGAUUGUACAGUUGGAGCGAGGGGAUGAGCUGUGGGUGCUGGACAUGCAUGGGGCAGAGCAACCAAGCGUGGAUGGCUCAGCUCAUGGGACCAGGACUGAGAACCAGGAGGUGACUUCAGGCGAAAUGCUGUUUGGGAGAGAACUGGACGCACUCAGGGGGAGUGUUCUUCAGGGACCUGAGCCAGGAGAAGCCCAUGAGCGUGUCGGGGAGCCAGAGGGGCACCUGGACAGGCCUGGGGAGCAGAGAGGCCCCAGGCUAGUCACACUGGCCAAUGAAGAAUGUGGCCUGGAGUCUGGAGGAAACGUCAGGUCAGGGUCAAGGCCUAUCCCUGAUCAAAGACCUCACAAAUGUGAUAUAUGUGAGCAGAGUUUUGAACAGAGAUCAUACCUUAAUAACCAUAAACGUGUACACAGGUGCAAAAAAACAAAUAUAGUUCACGUUUCAGGGGAAAUUUUCCCUGUGAAUUUAGUUGUUAAAGAAGAUCAGAAAAUUCCUGUUGGGAAAAGAUUGCAUUAUUGUGGUUGUUGUGGGAAGGCCUUCAGGUACAGCGCUAACCUUAUCAAGCACCAGCGACUGCACAGUGAAGAGAAGCCCUACAAGUGUGAAGAGUGCGGGAAGGCCUUCCACCAGAGCUGUGAGCUCAUCAGUCACCGGAGGAUGCACUCUGGAGAGAUCCCCUACCGUUGCAAUGAGUGCGGGAAGACAUUCAACCAGAGGCCCAACCUCAUGAAGCAUCAGAGGAUCCACACUGGGGAGAAGCCUUACAAGUGCGGCGAGUGCGGGAAGCACUUCAGUGCCUAUUCCUCCCUCAUUUACCACCAGAGGAUCCACACGGGGGAGAAGCCCUACAAGUGCAGUGACUGCGGGAAGGCCUUCAGCGAUGGCUCAAUCCUCAUCAGGCACCGUCGGACCCACACUGGAGAGAAGCCCUAUGAGUGCAAAGAGUGUGGCAAAGGCUUUACCCAGAGCUCCAAUCUGAUCCAGCAUCAAAGAAUUCACACUGGGGAAAAACCCUAUAAAUGUAAUGAGUGUGAGAAAGCCUUCAUCCAAAAAACCAAACUUGUUGAACAUCAGAGAAGCCACACUGGAGAGAAACCCUAUGAGUGUAAUGACUGUGGCAAGGUCUUCAGCCAGAGCACCCACCUCAUCCAGCACCAGAGGAUCCACACGGGAGAGAAGCCCUAUAAGUGCAGUGAUUGUGGGAAGGCUUUCCACAACAGUUCCAGACUCAUUCACCAUCAGAGGUCACACCACGGAGAGAAGCCAUAUAAGUGUGCUGAUUGUAAGAAGGCCUUCAGCCAGGGCACAUACCUCCUGCAGCACCGGAGGAUCCACACUGGGGAGAAGCCUUACACGUGUGGCGAGUGCGGCAAGGCCUUCCGGCACAGCUCCAACAUGUCCCAGCACCAGAGGAUUCACCUCCGGGAAGACUUCUCCCUGUGACUGUCUGUGAUGUGCUUCCCCCGUGUGACCACCUUCUCUUUACUUACUGUUCACAUGGUGUCACAGGUGAACAGGCACUUCUAAUUUUAAAAAGCCUCUUUUCUUAAAAGCAGUGCAUGUUCAUUUUAGAGAAGUUGAGUGGAAAAAGGUAAGCAAAAGGGAGAAGCCCUGUGGCCUACCUUUAGAAAGAGAACUCACCACUAUUGCGAUCAGUGUAGGUUGUGUCCAGACACUCAAACAACAUCCACAAGAGAAGUACUGUGGAACUUGUGAGUGCAGCUCCUGUUUCCUCAGUCCUGGAAAACUCACACUGGAGAGUUCUACGUGUUUAUGUGGUUUUACACCUUGUAAAUUUAAAAACAGCAUGUUGAUCAUACUUUCCUGUGUCACUUAAUAGAGUUGAUACUGCCUUUUUGAUUGUGGUAAUAACAUUGUAUGUUAGUCACUCAGUCGUGUUUCUUUGUGACCCCAUGGAUUGUAGCCCAUCAGGCUCCUCUGUCUAUAGGAUUCUCCAGGCAAGAAUACUGGAGUGGGUUGCCCUUUCCUUCCCAAGUGAAAACAUUACAUUUACCAUUUUAACUAUUUUUAAAUGUACAACUCAGUGGUACUAGAUACAUUCACAGUGUUGUAUGACCAUCAGCAAAUCUGUUUCCAAAACUUUAGUACAGACAGAAACUCUGCACUCUUCCCCUUUUUCUUAUUCUCGCUCUUAAGAAUUUGCUUACUCUAAAGUACCUCAUGUAAGUGAGGUCACACAUUUGCCUUUGUGUCCUGGCUCAUUUCACUUAGUGUAAGGUCUCUUCAUGGCUGAAGCGUACUCCAUUGUUUGCAGACACCAUGUUUUGUUCACUCAUGGUCAUCUGUUGAUGGGUUACGGGUGUUUCUGCUUGUUGACUUUGUGCAUAAUGCUGCUGUGAACAUUGGUGUACAAAUCUGUGCUUGUACUUUCCAUCCUUCCAAUACUUUGGGAUAUAAUCCCAGGAAUAAAGUUGAUGGAUCAUAUGGUAA